GGAGCGCCGCGGCGCUGCAGCGGCGGAGCGGCGGCCAAACGGCGGAGCGCAGAGAGAGCCAUGGCUAGAGAUGGCGAGGGGCGCGGGCGGACGGCCGCCGCGGCUGCGGAGCCUGGCCUGAGGGAGCGGGGGCCCUAGGACCGAGCCGGCGUCGUCCCGCAAAAAAUAAGAAAAACUCAGUAAACCACCACCAAAAAAAAAAAAAAUAAGCAAACCCAAGCGCCACCAACCGAGCGGCGACGGCACCGAGACCCCUCCAGAGCCGCCGCGUCCCGCGGGAGGAGCCGGCCCGCGCCCGCCGCACCACACGGAUGUGCGCGGCCCGCGAUGAACGCGCAGCUGGCGAUGGAGAGCAUGGGCGACCUGCACGCGGUGAGCCAUGAGCCGGGCGCCGAGCUGCUGGGCGGCCCCGCGCACCCCCGCGCCGCCGCCGUGCCGCCCCGCGGGCACCUGGGCGGCCCCGCGCGGCCCGCGGGCAUGGCGCUGCUGGACGGCGGCGACUUCCACCACCACCACCGCGCCGCCGAGCACGGGCUGGGGGGGCCGCUGCACCCCGCCAUGAGCAUGGGCUGCGAGACGCCCCCCGGCAUGGGCAUGAGCGGCACCUACACCACGCUGACCCCGCUGCAGCCGCUGCCGCCCAUCUCCACGGUGUCGGACAAGUUCCCGCACCACCACCACCACCACCACCACCACCCGCACCAGCGCCUCCCGGGCAACGUCAGCGGCAGCUUCACGCUCAUGCGGGACGAGCGGGGCCUGGCGCCCAUGAACAACCUCUACGCGCCGUACCACAAGGACGUGGCCGGCAUGGGGCAGAGCCUGUCGCCGCUGUCGGGCUCGGGGCUGGGCUCGGUGCACGGCUCGCAGCAGGCGCUGCCGCACUACGCGCACCCCGGCGCCGCCAUGCCCGCCGACAAGAUGCUGACGCCCACCGGCUUCGAGGCGCCGCACCCCGCCAUGCUGAGCCGGCACGGCGAGCAGCACCUGAGCGCCCCGCCCGCCGGCAUGGUGCCCCUGGGCGGCAUCCCGCACCCCCCGCACGGCCACCUGGGCGCGCAGGGCCACGGGCAGCUGCUGGGGCCCGGCCGGGAGCAGAACCCCGCGGUGGCGGGCUCGCAGGCGGGCGGCGGGAGCAAUUCAGGGCAAAUGGAAGAAAUCAAUACCAAAGAAGUCGCUCAGAGGAUCACCACCGAGCUCAAGCGGUACAGCAUCCCCCAGGCCAUCUUCGCCCAGCGGGUGCUGUGCCGCUCCCAGGGGACCCUCUCGGACCUGCUGAGGAACCCCAAGCCCUGGAGCAAGCUCAAGUCCGGCCGGGAGACCUUCCGCAGGAUGUGGAAGUGGCUCCAGGAGCCCGAGUUCCAGCGGAUGUCUGCUCUGCGGCUGGCAGGUGAGCGGAGCCGCGGCGGGACGGGACGGGCCGGGCCCCGCGCCUGCGCCCGGCCGUGCGGGGGUAGCUCGGGCCCCAGCAGGGUUCCCGCGCCGCGCCCGCGAAGCCCGCAGGGUUGCCGAGCUCACGCCGGGCGCCGACGCACGCGGCGGCCGCAGCAUGCAAGAGGAAAGAACAAGAGCACGGGAAGGACAGAGGGAAUACUCCCAAAAAGCCUCGGUUGGUCUUCACGGAUGUCCAGCGUCGAACUCUACAUGCAAUAUUCAAGGAAAAUAAGCGUCCAUCCAAAGAAUUACAAAUCACCAUUUCCCAGCAGCUCGGGUUGGAGCUGAGCACCGUCAGCAACUUUUUCAUGAAUGCACGGAGGAGGAGUCUGGAUAAGUGGCAAGACGAGGGCAGCUCCAAUUCAGGCAACUCAUCUUCAUCAAGCACUUGUACCAAAGCAUGAAGGAAUUACCACAAACUAAACCUCGGUGGAAAAGCUUUAAAAAUAAAUAAAUAAAUAAAUAAAGACAGACCAGGACCUCAAGAUAGCAGGUUUAUACUUAGAACUAUUUGAAAAAAAUGUUAUUUAUAAGUCCAAAGAAACCAAAGACUUAUUUCACCUGCAUUAUGACUUUGUUCUAAGACACACGCUUUAGUAGGAUGACAACUUGCAAAAAAUAAAGGAAAGAAGAGAGUGAAAUGGAAUGAACGAAGUGGAACACGAAGAGAAGAAAAGUAGACCACUGGUCUCACACCUUCAUCCAUGAUCAUCUUCACCGUCCUUGGCUGUGUAGUGGUUUGGAGCAUAGUGAUUUCUUGUCAUUGAAUAGACAUCUUGUCAGAUAUGGCUCUUCAUUUCCACAGCGAUCGCCAUGAAGGUGUGCAGUGUGUCCAUGCUGUGUACACACCGGUGGUAGGGACUGAGUCAGAGCUGGUUGGCAGAGAGGGUCGUGUGCAGCAUGACCAGCAAGGCGUGGAGUCGUCCGAAUGCAUUUGAAUGGUAGUGUGAUUUUUGCUGUUUUGGUGUUUGAGCUUCCCCGGCGCGAUGCCCGGACACGAGUUCAAACUAGGCAGAGAAAUUUUGAAUGGUACCUAAACCAGUGCAUUCUCUUUGUUUGUUAAGGAAUGUUCAGAUUUAAAAAAGGGAAACUAUUCCAUCCAUAAAAAAUCGACUAGCUACCAAAGAACACAUUUAAUAAUUAUAUUGCAGGUAUUUUAUUGCAAUGAUUUUAAUAUUCCAAAGCUAUUUUUACACAAAAUACUAUGUAGAGUUAUAGGUAUAAACUAAUCUAACUGUAUAACACAUAAAACUUGUAAUCAAGACUGUUAUUUGCCAUUAGUAAUGUCACAUUCUUGUUUCUUUUCACGAAUGGCAAGAAAGAAUGGCACAACGGGGCCGGGGCCCAACACUUGGUCAAUGCUCAUUGAUGUUAGGGAGCUUUUUUUUCUUUUUUUUUUUUUUUUUUUUUUUUUACCUACUGACUUUUUUAGGCAGAGGAAUAGUGAUGCAUGUGAAGACCUGGGGGUCUUUUCCCAUUGAAAGCAGGACACCGGGUAGCGUUGGUGGCAGCUCUGGCAGGAGCUCUGGGCGUGCCGUUGGAAAGCCGAGUCAUGGCUCCUCUGAAGUUGAUAGCAGUGUUCCCAUGAUACAAAGGCACAGCCUGUUGUCACAUGGCUUCAUGUCCGUGUGCAUCAGGCUGAGCUUUCUUCCGUGCAUUCUUUCUUGCUCAUCUGUUAAUCCAAAUACUGCAUGAAAUAGUUUAAAAUUCAUAGUUGGAAAGUUUAACUACUCUGUUGCUAACAGAACCUCAGAAGAUAAACCAUCCCAUCCCUACUCUGAUAAAAGAAAAAAGAAAAGCGUGCAACAUCUGCAAAUUGAAUUUUAGUGUAAGGGGAAAUUGGACUUUAAAAACCAUACAUGUGCCUGUUA